CUCACACAACGAUCGACCGACGUUAGCCACUGGCAACGAUGACAACGACCACAUCACCUAGAGAAACCACACAGACCACGUUUACGGUUCGCAAGAUGACGGGCCGGCGAAUGUCUAAGCUAUCCACAGUCCUGCUGUUCUGCGCCGCCUUGCUGCUGACCAAGUCCUGCGGCAUCCUGGCGCUCAGCGGCGACGGCUUGCCCCAAUCCCAGGAUGUGGGCCAGGCGGAGCUCUGGAGCGACGCCACCACCACCAUCAUUUCGCCCAGCGAGGAGAGCAGCGGAUCCGGUGGCUGGGAACUGACCACGGAGGCGGACACCAGCAUACCGAGUGAGGAAACUACUGCUGGCAAUGAGGAAACCACCGUUUCCGAAGAAGAGACCUCCACGGACGCCUCUGAAGAUGUAGAGACCACCACUGCUGCGCCGGAAACUUCACCAGCUGACCAGGAGAGCUCUUCCGCUCCCGAGGAGACCACUUCCGUUCCCGAAGAGACCACAUCCGCUCCCGAGGAGAGCUCUUCCGCUCCCGAGGAGAGCUCUUCCGCUCCCGAGGCCACCUCUUCUGCACCCGAGACCACUGCCGCUCCUGAAGAUACCUCCUCCGCUCCUGACCAGACAUCAUCUGCUCCCGAGGAAAGCUCUGCUGCUCCCGAGGAAACCUCAUCCGCACCCGAGCAGACAUCUUCCGCUCCCGAAGAAACACCUUCCGCUCCUGCAGAGCCAGAGAGUUCUAGCUCUUCCUCUUCAGCCAGUCCUUCCACGCCGGCAGGUACCACCAUUGCACCCACCCCCCCCACUUUCAAAUGCCAAACGGCAGGACUGUUUCCGCACAUCAGUGGCGAUUGCAGCCGUUACCACAACUGCCUGUUGAAUCCUGUGCUGCGACAGCUGCAGGACAUCGAGCUCACGUGCCCGGAACUGACCGUCUUCUCGCCGAGCCUGGGCAGAUGCGUGAGGGACUUGGCCGAGUGCCAGGCGGAGAGCUUCCCGUGCCUGUCCGUGGGCAGAUUUGCCGGACUCGAUGAGACCUACUACUACAGCUGCGUGGCCAGUUUGCAGGGCGGCUUCCACAAGUUCAUUGUGCGCUGCUCCAGUGGCCAGAGGUUCGAGCCCCUGAUCGGAGGUUGCUGGCGCUACGACUGGACGCAGAUCGUGCCCGGACAGGAGGCGACCGAGAUCAGCGACCUGGCUGCCAUCAAGCGGGAGCUGAAGCUGUACAAGGCCGAGGCCAAGCUGCGCCUCAAGGCCCAGAAGGAGCAAGAGAAGCUGGCCAAGAAGCAGCAGAAGUUGGAGGAGAAGGCCGCCAAGAAGGCCGCCAAGGAGCAGGCCAAGCAGCAGGCGAAGGCCGAGAAGGACAAGGCCAAGGGCGAGUCCAUCGAGAGCGUUGAGUCCGCGGAGUAACUGCCUCCAAAUUGCGAGCUCCACGCUCCUUUUCUUCAGAUAAGCCCUUCCAUCUAUGUUGGUCCCUUGCUCUAGUCUAGCGAAAUUAUCUUUCCUUAUUUUUUUUUGCUUUGUGGCGUAAAUAAAUAUUUAAAAAUA